AAACCUCUGCCCAUGCCUGCUGCGUGACUGUGGAAGUGACACGACGCCGGUACAUUUCUCCCAGAUUCACGCUUUUUACAACAUUUAGAAAGAUCCUAAAAUGUCCGAGGCGCUGUUCGAGUGGUGCGUGGACCAGCUCCAUCACAGGUUCGGACUGGAGGCCUGUGAGGAUAUUGUCAAGUAUAUUCUGACUAUUGAAAACCGGGAGGAGCUGGAGGAGUAUGUGGGAGAUCUGCUGCAGGGGACUGAUGGGAGAAAGAGACACUUCAUUGACGAUCUUCUCAAACGAUGGGAGAGGAGCCAGAGACCGUCCAUGGACACUGCAGGACUUAUUGUCCUCAAAGAGUCUGUCCCCUUUGCCGCAGAUUCACCUCCAGACACAACAUCUCAGAAAAAAUCCAAGCGAAAGGGUCGGAACAAAGAGGUCCUGCCUGUCAGCCAAGCGGAGCCUGAGCCAGAGGCAGUCAAAACCCCCAUCGAUCAGGCCAGAAGCCAAGACAUGGGCAGCUCAUCUUCUACCAAAAAGAAAAAUAAGUUUGUGAACCUGUACGCUAAAGAAGGUCAGGACAAACUGGCGGUGCUGCUCCCUGGACGACAUGCGUGCGAGUGCCUUGCUCAAAAGCACAAGCUCAUCAACAACUGUAUCAGCUGCGGCCGCAUCGUGUGCGAACAGGAGGGCUCUGGACCGUGCCUGUUCUGCGGGAGCUUGGUGUGUACCAAAGAGGAACAAGAGAUCCUGCAAAGAGACUCCAACAAAAGCCAGAAACUUAGAAAGAAGCUCAUGGGAGACGGAGGAGACAGAGAUUAUCUUCCGCAUCAGGAGGCCAAGAUGAAGGCUGGGCUGGAGAAGGCCGUGCAGCACAAGGACAAACUACUGGAGUAUGACAGGAAUAGUGUGAGGAGAACCCAGGUUUUGGAUGACGAGUCAGAUUACUUUGCCGCUGACUCCAAUCAGUGGCUGUCUCCGGGCGAGCGAGAGAAGCUGAGGAGGAAAGAGGAAGAGCUCCGAGAAAUCCGCCACGCUUCUCGAAAAGACCGCAAAAUCACUUUGGACUUCGCCGGGAGACAGGUCAUCGAAGAGGGAGACGGCCUCAAGGAGUACUACACCAAGUUGGACGAAACCCUGAAGGCCAUGCACAGUGACCCUUCCUCCCCCAUGUACCCCAGAGUCCAGGGACAGCGCCCCCCUCUGAGAGAUCUGGUCAACCCCAACAUCAUGCAGAGUGCACCUGAGUGGGUGGAUGUGGGGGUCUCGGAGGGGCCCAAGCGCAGCCUGGAGGCGGGGAGCAGGCCUGGGGCAGGAGAUGGAGCUGGGGCAGGAGGUGAGGAGCGCUCUAGACUCCGGCUCCAGGACAAAGAGCUGCAGGAGAUGUCUGAUGGAGGCUGGUGUUUGAGCAUGCACCAGCCCUGGGCCUCUCUGCUCGUCAGGGGCAUCAAGAGAGUGGAGGGCCGGACUUGGUACACAUCUCACCGCGGCCGUCUGUGGAUCGCUGCUGCAGCCAAGAAGCCCACCCCCCAGGAGAUCAGCGAGGUGGAGAACAUGUACCGCCACAUCUACAGAAAAGAGCCUGCCUUUCCUAAAGACUACCCCACUGGCUGCUUGUUGGGCUGCGUGAACGUGACUGACUGUCUGUCCCAGGAGCAGUUUAGAGAACAGUGUCCGGAUGUGUGUGAGGAGUCGGCCUCUCCGUUCGUCUUCCUCUGCUCCAGCCCUCAGGAGCUGCUCGUCAAGUUCCCCAUGAAAGGAAAGCACAAGAUCUGGAAGAUGGAGAGCCACUACCACCAAGGGGCCAAGAAAGGACUGAGACCAUCUGUGGCGUUCUGACAUGGACGAGAUGAACCUCACAGCGCAGACCCAUCGCUCUCCAGAUUAUAACCCACGCACCGUACCAGGACCUGAGUGAUCAUGACAUCAUUUAAAGGUCCUACAGUACCUGAAACAUGUUCUAAUGUUAAUUUAAGUUACCUCAUCAAAAACAGACCUGGAGUUUUUUUUGUUUCAUUCAUACAUGUUUGAAUAAGCCUUUAUUAUCAGUCUGUCUGCAUCUCCAAACCUCAAACUGCUCUGUAACAUCUCCUUUUACCUUUACUUCAGCAGAAACUGGCAAUUCCCGAUCUCAGAUAGAUUGACUGAUAUGGGUAUUUCCGUGGCCAAUGCCGAUACCGAUUGUUUAAAAUCCAGAUGAAGUGAUAUCUGAUACCUAGGACAGAUUUGGAUUAUUUUCCUUGAAUUAAAUUUACUACAAACUCCCCCACAGCCCUGGUUUACCACAAACCCAUAAGAGAACUGUGGAGUCACGUUUAGUACUGUGCUCUCUUCUUAUUAUAAGGCUUUGUGUGUGUUUUUAGGCAGCAGAUCCACAAAAACAAAAUAUCAUAUGAUAGUUGACUCACUAUCGCUAGUCUUAAAUGAUCUAAAUGAUUCUAGUGAAGUUGUAUGGAGUUUAAAAAUACAGAGGAGUACUUUCUGUAUUACCACAUGACAUCACAAGGUGGAACAGAAUUAGGACUACGUUUACACUGAAACGAAUCCGCGUAUCACCGUAUCGGAAACAAUCUGUGUCCAGACAUGUCGUUUCUGUGUCAGCAAACCUUCCCUAUCCACACAGCUUUGAGCACAUUUGUUUACGUUUUACAUAAACUAAGGCUGCGUUCAAACUGCAGCCUGAAGUGACCCAAAUCAGAUUUUUGGCUUCUAUAUGACCUGUAUCUGAUCUUUUAAUGACAGUCUGAACGACACAGAUCCGAUUUUUUCAAAUGCGACCCAGGACACUUAUAUGUGCACGAUAUGUGCUCCUGAAACAGAUCCAUAUCUGAUCUUUUGACAUGCGACUUCAGUGUGAACGGCCAAAGCGCAUUCGUCCGACCUACACGUUAUCAACAAGACACAAACAUCACGAUUCUGCGCUAAAGUAGGCGAAAAUUGUUAAUGAACUCCGUGUCACUGAAGUGAAGCACAUCACCACUCACCACUCUUGGCUCCGUCUCCACAUCCACACGUUCCUUUCAACAGGACUGAACCACAAAACACCACGACCAAAAACCUCGUCCUUCUCCUUCUCAAUCUCCUCCUUAAAACAAGUAAGUUGUUCAUGUUCUGGCUCCGGUACGAGAGGAACUUUAAAAUCUCCAGGUGCUCAAUGCUGCGUCCAUGUUUGAACAACUUCCGUAAACACAGAUCACGCUCGCUGCGGUUGACGUCGUCGUGUCUCCAGUGUCACAUGCGGGACACUUUUGGGCCGUUUAACGUUCACACUGGAGUCACAUACAAGUCACAUUUAAUUGGAAACGUGAACGACCUCGCAAAAACAUCAGAUUUCACAAAAAAAUCGGAAUUGAGCGUUAAGCCCUGCAGUCUGAACGUAGCCUACGUGCUCAGAAAAAACAGCUCGUUAUUGUGCGCUGAUGCAGUUCGGCUUUUGUCGGACUAAAGGACACGACUCAGUGGAAUAUGAGUGUUCUCUCUGUGACAGUUCUGUUUGUUCUGUGCUUCUAUCGCGUUGGAGAUGGUUCAUGUGAAACUUUUCAGAGAUUAUACGUCUGCAGGUCGUACACACAGACCGUUUAUAUGAAUGAACAUAUACUCUAGCCUCUUAGCGUUUUGGUGGUGAAUUACUUUGCGGCGCAUAGAACUACAUCAGCGUAUCAGUGUUUUCAGGUGUCCACACAGUGCCGGAUCAGCCGUUUUCAGUCAGAUUAGUGUGAACGAACACUGCACCCACAAUGAAAACAACUCUAAUACGAACUAGUGUGGACGGGGCCUAAAUCUGCAGGGUUUGUGUGUUAAACAUGUGAAUGAAACAAAACACAACUCCAGGUCUGUUUGUGAUGAGGAAACGACAUUAUAACAGAGAUAAUUAAUAAAGUUAUUGAGCGACAAGAAAGCUGUAACCCUGAAGUCCUUUUGCAGGGGUGAUUGGGGGAACAGUAGAUGAUUGCUUUUACUGUCAAAUUAUCGUCAAUUGUGGCGAAUGAUUAAAAGCUAAGUACUGGGAAAGAUUAAAAACAGUGCUCCCUGCCAAACACUGAUCCAAAGUGACCACAGCUGUUGACAGAGUGAUCUUCAGGCCACGUGUGCCCAGUUUCCUCUUGGCGUAUAUGGUAAAUUAUAAGUUCAUAGUUUGUAGUUCAUAAAUCUGCUUUGUGGAGAGGCUUCUGUUCUCUUCACUUGUGUUGGAAGAUAAAAGUUUUGGUGAUUUUUAUUAAAUCAAAUUGUUGUUCUUUUUCCAAUUUUUCAUUAAAUUUCAUUGAUCAAAAA